CUGAGCAUGAUUUGCAGCUGUCAAAUAAAAAGCCGUCAAAUCAUCGUCCCCAAACUAAACUUGUUCAAUUGAAACAUUUCAGUUUUCUGAUAAUAACAACUCAAAAAUAAAUUCAGCAACAAAAUGAGUACUAUUGGAACUGGUUAUGAUCUGUCCGCAUCGCAAUUCUCGCCGGAUGGACGCGUCUUUCAGAUCGACUACGCUUCGAAAGCCGUGGAGAGAAGUGGCACCGUUAUUGGUAUCCGUGGCAAAGAUUGUGUUGUGCUUGCCGUCGAAAAGAUAAUUGCCGAUCAACUAUAUGAACCGGAUGCAGCCAGUCGCAUUUUCACCAUUGAAAAGAAUAUUGGCAUGGCCAUUGCUGGUCUAAUGGCUGAUGGCAAUUAUGUGGCUGAUAUUGCUCGCCAGGAGGCGGCCAAUUUCCGUCAACAGUUCGAACGCACAAUUCCGCUAAAGUAUUUGUGCGAUCGCGUCUCUGGCUACCUUCACGCCUACACGCUAUACAGUGCUGUACGUCCAUUUGGACUGUCGGUUCUGUUGGCCUCGUGGGACGAGGCGGAUGGAGCACAGCUGUAUAAAAUUGAGCCAUCGGGCACAUCUUUUGGCUAUUAUGCUUGCGCCAGUGGCAAGGCCAAACAACAGGCCAAAACAGAAAUGGAGAAAUUCAAAUUUGCCGACAUGAACACCGAUGAACUGGUGCGCAGCGGUGGUAAAAUAAUUUAUCAGGUGCAUGACGAGCUGAAGGAUAAGGAUUUCCGCUUUGAAAUGGGCAUUGUUGGCAAGGAAACGAACGGGGUGCAUCUGAUAAAUGACGCAUCGUGGAGCCAAUUGGCAAUUGAGGCUGGUGAAGCUGCCAAGAAUGCUGAUGAUAGCGAAAACGAGAUCUAGCUUUAAAUAAAUUUUGAAUAUGUACAUCUGA